AUGGCAGGACGGGCUUAUGCAUGUGUCUCUUUGUGUCAGUAUUUGACCAAGCAGAUGGAGAUGUUGCGCGAAAUGAACGAGCAGCACGCUAAAGUGUACGAGCAGUUGGAUGUGACGGCUCGAGAGCUGGAGAUAACCAAUGAAAAACUGGUGCUGGAGAGCAAAGCUUCUCAGCAGAAGAUUGACAGAUUGACGAAUACUAUGGAGAUGCUGCAGGGGCAGGUGGACACGCUAACUGCUCGUGUGGAGGAGUUGCGCACUUUGGAAGAGCUCAGGGUUCGCAGAGAGAAGAAAGAGAGGAGAAAGACUGUGCACACGUUCCCCUGCCUCAAAGAACUCUGCACCGCUCCCAGGUACGAGGAUGGUUUCAUGGUGUCUGACCCAGGCAGCGGUGACCUACAAGAGUGUCAGCCUGCUGACGAAGUGAACGAACAUCUGCGUGUGAUGGUGUCAUCUUUGCGUGCUGCUGUGGCGGCCGAACGUGGACGGCGUGAGGCCGCUGAGCGGGAAUGUGGCACUGUGCUACAGGAGUUUGAGCGGCUGGAGCAGCGCCUCAUGGGGGCCGAGAAUUGCCAGCGGCGCGUGCACGAGCUAGAGGCGGAGCUCCAGGAGAUGCAGCAGCUCCGCAAGUCCCGAGCCUGCCUCCUGAGCGGAGACGAGGGCCUGGAGCAGACGCUGCUCAACUGCGCACCCGAGACGGACACGCCGGAGGAUGCAGUUAUGGCUGGAACGCAGAAUGGGGAUGUGAAUGAUGGAGCUGCACCCGUCCGGAAGAGUUGCAGUGAUACGGCUCUAGAUGCCAUCUCUGCGGUCGAUGCCUCAGGGAGACGCAAAGGCAGCUACGCGCUUCAUGCCAACGGUGUCCGGAAGAGGGGCAUGUCCAUCCUCCGAGAGGUGGAUGAGCAGUAUCAUGCCCUUCUGGAGAAGUACGAGGAGCUGCUCGGGAAGUGUCGGCGCCACGAGGAGAGUCUAUGCCACGCUGGGGUGCAGACCUCCCGGCCCGUGUCCAGAGAUCCGUCCAUGAAGGAAUGCAGGGUUGCAGAGCCCCAGCAGCCGCCCACUCCACCGCAGACGCCCUCGACUCCAGAGGCCCUGGAGGGCCUCAGCCGGCAAGUGGAAGCUGUGGACAAGCGGCUGAGCCAAAACACUCCAGAGUAUAAAGCCCUCUUCAAGGAGAUCUUUUCCCGCUUACAGAGGACCAAGAGCGACAUAAACUCCACCAAAGGGAGGAAAAGCGGAAAAUAGCCCAUUUUGCUCAGCAUUUGUGCCACUGAUUUCUUUCCCUGGUCUUUCAUGUAAUGUCUUUUUCUUUUUAACUAGUCAGAAAGAUGUUUAGAUACAUCUGUUAUUUAGUACAGCUCAUCCAUGAAUUAUUUGGUGCCACACAUCAAGAGAUAAAUGGUGGUUUUCUGGACGUUUUGAGUCUAAUGUGCUUUUGCCGGGUUGGCCGUUUAGGGUAGACCAAAUUACUCGCUAGCGGUUAAACUGUAACCAUAAUCACCCUAAAGUUGAUCAAGCACAGGAAGACAUGAUUAUUUCCUUUCUCCACAUGUAUUACGUUACAGCUAACCACAGCAUUGUGUAACCACUUUUGUUCAAUAUUAAAUCACACUUUGCUUUA